AUGACCAUAACCGAUAAUACUCUCUCGUCAAGACGAACAGGGAAGAAGACGUACUGGACGGUCGAUAUAUAUCACAAUGGGGAGCCGCAAGGGGGAAGCAGGCAUCAAACGGCCCCCAAGACUGAGAGGAGGGCGCGGAUCAGUGAGCUUCUUACGUUGGCCAUUACCGGAGAGGCUGUGGGACCCAAGCCUUACUACCGAAGGUGGACCGCGACAACGUAUGAGACGGGACCAAGGGCGCGGGAAUCACACAUGGUCUGGUUCGCCCCGGGACGAAUAAGACGACUGCGGCUGCGGUAUGCAGUCAGGCGGCCCCGAGACGAUCAACGAAUGCGAUGUCCGUUCUUGUCGUGGUCUCAGGCAUGGUUGGGUGGAAGCAAAGGUGAUGAGGCCAUCUUUGCUCGUUUCCCCUUACACGAGGAGCCACGAACGCAAAUCAGUGGGCGAGACAGGCUGGAAGAGGAAAGUGAGCGUGAUUUAGCACCGAUUGUGUGCAUUCGUAUGUGUGAGAUGCUCCGAGAUGCCUCGGCCAUUCAGAAGGGAUCGUUGCACCCUGUCAAUGCCACCCGCAGCAGGGAAUCCGAUGAGACUACCUACCUAUGGGUAGAUGAGAACAUUGUCCCCCGCGCGCGGAUGAGUGCACGUUCCAGGCAAGGCCCCGUAGGGCUGCAUGCCGUAGCAGACCGAACAGACAGGGGUUCGGCUCGGAGGUGCGACUUGCUCGAAAGAGAGCCCCACCCUCGGCUGGCGGAGCAGCUGACGUCGGUGCGGCCGUUCCCCAAGUGCCGCGUCAAAGUAAAGCAGCAAAUGAGAGCGCAGCAAAGCGAACAGCAGCCUUCGGUAGGGGGUGAGAUUGUCGGUGCCCAGGGGCCGCCAGCACCUGUCACCACUCACCGUCAGCCAAACGGCGCACGGAAAGCCCGGUCGUUGGGAGUUUACCAAGCAAUUGAGGACUCACGCGAACCACCACCCCCAGAGACCCCAGAGACCCCAGAGACCCCAGAGACCCCAGAGACCCAGAGACGGAACCCUCUGAUGAUCACCACCGCGACCACCGGACCGGGAGAUCGGUGGGCUGGGACGUACCUCAGCCAAUCGAUUCGUUUUCUUGGUGAUUUCACGAACCUGGUACCGCAUAUCACCCCAUUCGUUUCGUUUUCUUUUCUACCUUUUCUUGGUGGAUUUUCCCAGCCUAAUGGUUAUUACUGGGCGCUGCACAUCGAGUCACCGGUAUCCAAGGCUGCGGGGGCUGACUUGGAAAAACCGGACCGGAGCUCGGAACCUGCAAGAAUCCCAACCUAUAAAGCGACGAAAACUGCUGGCGGGGGCCUUGCGGCUGAAAGGCCUAGGGUUCUGAUCUAUCCUUACACCACGUCUGCUUCCUGCUGCUGCUGCUGGCUCCUCGUCGCUCAAAAACAUCCGAUCUGA